GGCACGGUCCUCAGGAUGUUCCAGGAGGAAUAGAAGCUGGAAACAGCCUCUGACCACUUCCCACCAAUAAUGGGGCUCCCAAUGAGUCAUCUGCUGACUGGCCUGUGUAUGUGUGUGGCCUUGGGCUGGGGAGGGGGCUCAGCCCCCAACCUGGGCCCUGCUGAGCAGGAACAGAACCAUUACCUGGCUCAGCUGUUUGGCCUGUACGGGGAGAAUGGCACGCUGACUGCAGGGGGCCUCGCGAGGCUUCUCCACAGCCUAGGGCUAGGCCGAGUUCAGGGGCUGCGCCUGGGACAUCAUGGACCUCCGGCUGGUCCGGCUGCACCCCCAGCUGAAGACAACUCCACCCACAGGACACAGGACCCUGAAUUGAAUGUGGAUGUCUGGGCUGAGCUGCCUCUGGGUCCCUCGGGGUGGGGUGACCUGGAGGAGUCAAAGGCCCCAGCACCACCCCAUGGGCCAGCGCCCUCGGGCCUGGACCUUUUUCACAGGCUUCUGCUGCUGGACCAUUCACUAGCUGACCAUCUGAAUGAAGAUUGUCUGAAUGGCUCCCAGCUGCUGGUCAAUUUUGGCCUGAGCCCCGCUGCUCCUCUGACCCCUCGUCAGUUUGCUCUGCUGUGCCCGGCCCUGCUUUAUCAGAUCGACAGCCGCGUCUGCAUUCAGGCCCCGGCCCCAACCCCCUCAGAGGAUCUACUAUCUGCCCUGGUUCAUAGUGCCCUGGCCGUCCUGCUGCUCAGCCUCCCUGCUCCCCUCUCCCUGCUGCUGCUGCGGCUCCUGGGAUCUCGUCUAUUGCGGCCCCUGCUGGGCUUCCUGGCGGCCCUAGCUGUGGGCACUCUUUGUGGGGACGCACUGCUACACCUGCUGCCGCAUGCACAAGAAGGGCAGCAUGCAGGACCUAGCUGGCGACCAGAAGAAGAUCUGGGUCCAGGGCUGUCAGUGCUUGGCGGUCUCUUCCUGCUCUUCAUGCUGGAGAACAUGCUAGGGCUUUUGCGGCGCCGAGGGCUCAGGCCAAGAUGCUGCGGACAAAAAAGAAAAGAUCUCGGAACACCAAACCUGGACCUGGAGGAUGGCAGUGGGAUGGCACUUCAACCCCUACAGGCAGUGCCAGAGGCAGGGGCUCAGGGCUGCAUGGAGCAGGACAGCCAGCGUCCACCAGCCCCAGUCCCUCCUGGGCACCAAGGCCACAGUCAUGGUCACCAGGGCGGUGGUGAUGCCGAUAUAACAUGGAUGGUCCUCCUGGGAGAUGGUCUGCACAACCUCACUGAUGGGCUGGCCAUAGGUGCUGCCUUUUCUCAUGGCUUCUCCAGUGGCCUCAGCACUACCCUAGCGGUCUUCUGCCAUGAGCUGCCCCACGAACUGGGUGACUUUGCAAUGCUGCUCCGGGCAGGGCUGUCCUUUCGGCGGCUGCUGCUGCUGAGCCUGGUGUCUGGAGCUCUGGGGCUGGGGGGUGCAGCCCUGGGGGUGGGGCUCAGUUUGGGCCCCGUCCCCCUCACUCCCUGGGUGUUUGGGGUCACUGCCGGGGUCUUCCUCUAUGUGGCCCUUGUGGACAUGCUACCUGCCCUGCUGCGUCCUCCUGAGCCCCUCCCUAUGCUCGAAGUGCUGCUGCAGGGCCUGGGGCUGCUGCUGGGGGGUGGCCUCAUGCUCACCAUAGCCCUGCUGGAGGAGCAGCUACAGCCCCUGGUCUCUGAUGGCUGAUGGGGGCCAGUGGAAAGGCGUCCAGCUUGCCCUUCCUUCCCCCCCAACCACAGGAAUGGAGGCGGGACACAGGGCCAGUAGGAGCAAUAGGAUUUUAAUAAACAGAACCCAUCCCAAA